CAAAACACCAAAGUCUAUAGUGGUUCCCUGAGUCUGUAAAAGUGAUUUAGUAAACUAAGGGGACUCCCACAGUGCUUAGGGAAGGGGAGGAGCAUGGCUGUCUUCAACACAAAGGAAUUGAAUCUGUGCUCCAGACUGGCUCAGUGAGAACGAAGAGGAAAGAACAUGGGCUUUUUGCUUCCAAUCCUUCUGGCUUUGCUAGCCUCUGUCCUGGGAGGCCUCUACUUUCUUGGGGCCUUCAGGCAGCGUCGACCCGGGGAACCCCCACUGGACCGGGGCCCAAUCCCCUGGCUGGGCCACGUCCUGGAGUUCCGUAGGGACACUGCAAUGUUUCUGGAGAGAAUGAAGAGGAAGCAUGGGGAUAUUUUCACCAUACAGCUGGGAGGAUUAUAUUUCACAUUCCUCAUGGACCCUCUAUCCUUCGGGACGGUAGUGAAGGAGGCUCGCGCCAAGCUGGACUUCACCAAAUUCGCACAGCAGCUGGUGCAGAAAGUGUUUGGUUACCACUCCAUGGAGAAUGACCACAAGUUUCUGCAGAUGUCCAGCAACAAGCACCUGAUGGGGGAUGGGUUAGUGGUAAUGACACAGGCCAUGAUGAGCAACCUACAGAAUCUAAUGCUGCACAGUGUAGGGACAAAGCAUGAUAGAAAUAAGACCUGGAAUGAGGAUGGCCUGUUCAACUACAGCUACAAUAUUGUCUUCAGGGCAGGCUACCUGGCUCUGUUUGGUAACGAGACACCAAAAUCCCCAGGGAGCUUAGAGAAAGCCAAAGAGGUCGACAGAGAGGAGUCCCAGGAGCUCUUCCGUGAGUUUCGUAAGUACGACCAGCUCUUCCCCAAUCUCGCCUACGGGGUCCUGCCUCCGGGGGAGAAGAGGGAGGCAGAGAGGCUGAAGAGGUUGUUCUGGAACAUGCUGUCAGUGCAGAAGAUGAAGACUAAGGAUAACAUCAGUGGCUGGGUGCGCGAGCAGCAGCAGUCGAGGGAAGAGCAUGGCAUGGAGGACUUCAUGCAGAACAGGUACAUGUUCCUCCUCCUCUGGGCUUCCCAGGGGAACACCGGCCCUGCUGCCUUCUGGCUUCUCCUUUACCUCAUGAAGCACCCAGAGGCCAUGAAGGCUGUGCAGGGGGAGGUGGAGGAGGUGCUGAAGGAGACAGACCAGGAGGUGAAGCACGGUGGACCCCUCAUCGACCUGACCCGGGACAUGCUGCUGAAGACGCCCAUUCUGGACAGCGCUGUGGAAGAGACCCUCCGCCUCAUUGCUGCCCCUGUCCUCACCAGGGCCGUACUCCAGGACAUGUCCCUCAGGAUGUCUGACGGAAAUGAGUACCGCAUCAGAGAGGGAGACAGGGUGGCCCUCUUCCCUUACACCGCUGUUCAUAUUGACCCAGAGGUCCACCCCGACCCACUCACCUUUAAAUAUGACCGCUUCCUGACCCCAGAGGGGGGUAAAAAAACAGAUUUUUACAAAGGUGGGAAGAAGUUGAAGUACUACAACAUGCCGUGGGGUGCUGGGAUCACCAUGUGCCCUGGGCGCUUCUUUGCCACCAACGAGCUGAAGCAGUUUGUCUUCCUCAUGCUCACGUACUUUGACUUUGAGCUCAAGAACCCAGAGGAAAAGAUACCUGAUAUUGACAUAAAGCGCUGGGGCUUUGGGUCCAUGCAGCCAACCAAAGAUAUCCAGUUUAGAUACAGACUCAGGUUUUAAAAAUGAGUGACUGACACGAACCAGCCAUUAACAACACUUUGAAUGUAAAUGUCAAUUUUCUGAGCUGUUAAUUUGAUGUUGAUUAUUAUAAACUAGCUUACGCCUAAACAUGAUUUUAUCUAGAGUAAAUAGUACAGCAACAAGUGGUACAGUAUUACAAUACUGGAUAUAAUUGUUGUAUUUAUUAGAGGAGAAAUCAUCAACUUUGUCUCUCAAAAAAAACAUCUUUAAGGAUUCGUUUUGAGUCAGCUGGAAAGCAGACAUUGCAAAAUGGAAAGCUGACAUGAGUAGAAAAAAAUAAAGACUGUAAAGCUGGUUUACAGAUAGUAUUAGAAAUGCACAGAUGAUAAGAACCAACUACAUGUAGGAGUUGAGUUGACAAUUAUUUUAAGAUGUGGGAAGAAGUGUACUAUAUUGCAGGGGCCUACUCCCACUGGGGAGCCAGGCCGACACACUGAGGAGCCAGGCCCAGCGAAUCAGAUUGUACAUUAAUAGGGUUCAUAGCUUUCACCUGGAUUCACCUGGUCGGUCAAUAUUAUAGAAACAGCAGAUGUUCCUAAUGUUUUGUACACUCAGUGUAUGUCACAGUGCUUCUAUGGCUAUAUACACCAUGCCACUGUCUAUUUAAUUUGUUCAUUUAGCAAACAAGACAGAACCAUUGCUCUUUGAAAAACAUUGUGAUAAGCAUUACAUCUUUGUGUUUUUUUCCUCCUGUCAAAUGUAAUAAAAUAUGCUUUUAAAGCCUU